GCGUUGCACAAGUAAUUGGCGUUGGCGAUAAAGUUGAAAAUAUAAAAGUUGGUGAUUGGGUCGUUAUGGGUAAAUCUGCGUUUGGAACAUGGCGAACACAUGCUGAUGCAACACCAGAUGAUGUUAUUCGUAUUCCACAUGAAGGAAUUGGAAUAGUUCGAGCUGCUACUUUAACAGUAAACCCUUGUUCUGCUUAUCGUAUGCUAAAAGAUUUUGUUACAUUGAAAGAAGGCGAUUUUAUAAUUCAAAAUGGGGCAAACAGUGGUGUUGGACAAGCAGUGAUUCAAAUUGCUAAGGCAUGGAAUAUAAAUACAAUAAAUAUUAUUAGGGAUAGGCCAAAUUUUCAAGAGUUAAAAGAUUUCUUAAAAUCGAUUGGUGCAACAUAUGUAAUCAGCGACAAAGAUUUACAAGCAAAAAAUCAUGAAUUUGAAUGGAAUAAGAAUAUGGAGGGUAAAGGAAUUGUUUUAGGUUUAAAUUGCGUUGGUGGCAAAAGUGUAAUUUCCAUGGCAAAACUUCUCAGAAAUUCUUCUCCGUUAAUAACAUAUGGAGCAAUGUCACGUCAACCUUUAACGAUUCCAGCAUCGCAAUUAAUUUUUCAGGAUUUAAGAUUUUUUGGAUAUUGGAUGUCAAGAUGGAAUAAAGAAAAUCCCAAAGCAAAAAGAAUAGAAAUGUUGAAUGAAAUUAUUGAGUUGAUUAAACAAGAUAAGUUAAAAGAUGUCGUUUGUGAAGAAAAUAAUUGGGGCGGAAAUAAGAAAGAUGUAAGUGACGAUGCAUUGACGCAAAGAUUUUUGGAGAUAUUUAAAAAGGCUACGGAAGAGUUUAGAGGUGCAAAACAGAUUAUUAAGAUGAUAUAG